CCGGGGCGGAGCCGCCGCCCCCCCUGAGCCUGACGGACAGCAGCUCGGAGGGCUCGGACUGCAGCGCCUCGGAGGAGGCCAAGCUGCUCUCGCUGGGGCUGAGCGGCAGCGACCCCGAGUCCCCGGGCAGCGCCUCGGCUCUGCCUGCCGGCCAGGGCAUCUCGCCGCCGCCCGACGAGCCCUCCGCCGCCUCCAUGGCCAGCAGCCGCCUGCAGCUCAGCACUUCGCUGGCCUUCUCCGACCUCACCGAGGAGCUGCUGGACGCGGGGCAGGAGGGCCUGGCGCGGGAGCUGGAGGAGCUGCGCUCCGAGAACGACUAUCUCAAGGAUGAGAUCGAGGAGCUGCGCGCAGAGAUGCUGGAGAUGAGAGACGUCUACAUGGAGGAGGAUGUGUACCAGCUGCAAGAGCUCCGGCAGCAACUGGACCAGGCCAGCAAGACGUGUCGCAUCCUGCAGUACCGGCUGCGCAAAGCGGAGCGCCGCAGCCUGCGCGUGGCACAGACUGGACAGGUGGACGGCGAGCUCAUCCACAGCCUGGAGCAAGACGUCAAGGUGGCCAAGGAUGUCUCUGUGCGGCUCCACAACGAGCUGGAGGUGGUGGAGAAGAAGAGGAUCAAGCUGGAGGAGGAGAAUGAAGACCUGCGCCAGAGACUGAUUGAGACAGAGCUGGCCAAGCAGGUGCUGCAGAAUGAGAUGGACAAACUGCGUGAGAAUUCAUUGAAGAAAAGGGGAUCUCGUUCUGUGGGGAAGACUGAAAAGAAGCCUUCAGUCCAGGAUGACAGCGCAGACCUAAAGUGUCAGCUGCAUUUUGCGAAAGAGGAGUCAGCUCUGAUGUGCAAGAAACUAACGAAGUUAGCCAAGGAGAAUGACAGCAUGAAGGAGGAGCUGGUGAAAUACCGCUCCUUGUACGGGGACUUGGAGAGCUCUCUGUCCAUAGAGGAGCUGGUGGACUCCCCUCAUUCGCGAGAGGCAGAACUGAAGGCUCAUUUGAAGCUCGUUGAGGAAGAAGCCAACAUCCUGAGUCGGAGGAUCGUGGAGCUCGAGGUUGAAAACCGUGGGCUGAGGGCAGAGAUGGAUGACAUGAAGGGACAAGGUGACAGAGAGCUGAUGGGGCAGGACAUUCGGUUUGCUUUCUCCUCCACCAGCUGUGGGGACUCUGGGGAGAGCCAGGUGGAACUGAGGCGACACCUGCAGUUCGUGGAAGAGGAGGCAGAGCUACUGAGGAGGUCGCUGAUGGAGCUGGAAGACCAAAACAAGCUCCUCAUGAAUGAGCUGAACAAGUACAAGUCGGACCACGACCUGGACAUUACCCUGUCUGAGGACAGCUGCUCGGUGAUCAGCGAGCCAUCUCAAGAGGAGCUGGCCACGGCCAAGGUGCAGAUCAGUGAGCUCAGCGGUAAGGUGAAGAAGCUGCAGUACGAGAACCGCGUGCUGCUCUCUAACCUUCAGCGCUGCGACCUGGCCUCCUGCCAGACCAUGAGGCCGAUGAUGGAGACCGACGCUGAGGCUGGCGAUUCUGCGGACUGCAUCCCCACCCCUCUCUGGAGAGAGGUGCCCAUUGGAGGAGAGAAUGAUGCCAAGGACCGCCCUGAGAGAGGGCCCAGCAAUGGCAACGGGAAGUCUCAGGACAACAGCCCCACCCGGCUGUUCAAAUCCAAGGACUUGGAGACUCUGCUCGGCAUCCGGGACCAGGCCGCACUUGUUAGCAAAGCCAUCGACGUCUUGAUUUCUGACUCCAAUGGCUUCACCUCCAGCCUGAAGGUGUGUCUGGACAAUGACUGCAUGGAUCUGGUGCUGAGUGAGCCAGUGGAUAACAACAGUGAAAGCACCAGUGACUCCAAGCUGAUCAACAUGAUCUUCGUGAGGCUCCGCGUCCUGCAGCAGGAGCUGAGCUCCUUCAUGAGGAAGGUGGAUCACAUUGGGGACUGCUGGAAAGAGCAGAUGGACCCUUUCUCCUUCCUGCCCAGCUGCGGCGCCCAGGACUCUCCUAAAGGAGCACUGCACAAAGAGCACAGCUCCGACUUCCAGCAGCCAGACUUUAGGGACGGCCCGGACUGGGACGCCGCGGGGAGCCGACCCCAUGACCUGUACUGCAGCAACAACACCAUGGACGUGGACUCCAAUGUGAAACUCCCCAGGAAUUACAAGCCCUACCGACCUGACGAGAACGACUCCUAUGUCACCGAGAUCAAGGAGCUGCAGCUGGUGCUGGCUGAAGCCAACGAGAGCCUGCGGGGCCUGCAGGAGCAGCUUGCCCAGGAGAGGCAGCUGAGGAAGGAGGAGCUGGAGAACUUCUCCCAGAAGAUCUGCCAGCUGCAAGAAGACCAGCAGAAGGCUCUCCUGAGGCGGGAGUUUGAGCUGCAGAGCCUGAGCCUCCAGAGGCGGCUGGAGCAGAAGUUCUGGAGCCAGGAGAAGAACCUCCUGGUGCAGGAAUCUCAGCAGUUCAAGCAGAAUUUCUUGCUUCUCUUCAUGAAGCUCAAGUGGUUCCUCAAACGCUGGAGACAGGGGAAAAUCCUUCACAGUGAGGGCGAUGGCUUCUUGGAGGUGAACAGCAUGAAAGAGCUGUACCUGCUGAUCGAGGAGGAGGAGCUCACCCCACAACAGCAGGCCGAUAACAAGACGUGUGCCGGAGACAUCUGGACCCAGAACACGCCCAAUGAGUACGUCAAGACCCUGGCAGACAUGAAGGUGAUCCUGAAGGAGCUGUGCACGGAGCUGCGUGAGGAGAGGCGGGGCAUGAAUGAGCUGCAGCUGCAAUUUGCCAAGGCCAAGGCUGCCUGGGAGGUAGAGCGGACUGAGCUCAAGUGCCACAUCGCCCAGCUGGAGUCAAAGGUUGGGAAAGGGGUCCCAGAGCGAGCCCCGUCGGACUGGAAAGUGGCUCUGAAGAGGGAGCGAGAGGAACACCAGCACCUCCUGGCCGAGUCCUACAGCGCGGUCAUGGACCUCACCAAGCAGCUGCAGAUCAGUGAGAAGAACUGGAACCAGGAGAAGCUGGAGCUGCUGGACAGGUUCAAGGACGAGCAGCAGCAGGCAGAGCAGCAAGUGAAAGAACUGCAGAACAAAAUCAACCAGCUGCAGAGGGGAGCCGACCGGUGGGCCAUGGAGAAGCAGGGCAGCAACUGGAAAGAGACGCUCAACGAAAAGAUCACCGACAAAGAGACCGUUUCUGAAACAGACCCCAAGGGAGCCAGUUUAAAAAGGACGAAGUCCGUUUCCUCGAUGUCCGAGUUUGAAAGCUUGCUCGACUGUUCUCCCUACCUUCCAGGCAAGACCAGCCCUGUGAUCGCUGACCACGCGCGAGGCAAGGUGUCCCCAGCCACACAGCUACUGCCUAAUGGCAUAACAGACCCUGCAGGAGUCCACCCCAAAAACUGUACGUAUGUGACUACAGAGCAACCUGCCCCUGAGAGCCUGGCAAAAGAGAAGCUGAACAUUUCCUCAUGGGAUUAUUCACGGGCAAGCAACCUCUCUGGGCAGGAUCCGGCCCAGAAGCAAAUGCAGAGGAGCUACACGGCACCAGACAAGACCGGGAUCCGCAUCUAUUACAGCCCUCCGGUGGUGCGAAGACUGGAGGCGCCGCUAAUCCACAAUAAGGAGGGGAAGAUCAUGACUGAGCCGGGCUUCCUGUUCACAAUGGCCAAGCCGACAGAGCUGGAGGAAUCUGACCGCUCGGAGAAUACGUACAGCAGGUGGCUGUGCAACUUCUCCAAGCAGCACCGCGAGCUGCUGGACAGCCGCAGUGCUGACAAGGCUGGGCCUUCUGGCCCCAGGUUCCCAACCUCCCUGCACGAUUUUGAGAUUUCCGGCAACAUGAGCGACGACAUGAAAGAGAUCACCAACUGCGUGCGGCAGGCCAUCCGCUCCAGCUCACUGGAGAGGAAGGUGAAGAGCACCUCCAGUCAGACCACAGGGCUGACAACCGUCGGAACCCAGACCAUUCAGAUGGUGAGCAUCGGCUUGCAGACAGACACGCCCCGGGGAAACCUCCACAGCAAGAGCUGGUCCCCACGCAGCUCCUCCCUGAUGUCUGUGCGUAGCAAACAGAUUUCUUCGUCUCUGGACAAAGUCCACUCCAGGAUCGAACGGCCCUGUUGUUCUCCCAAGUAUGGCUCCCCGAAGCUCCAGAGACGGUCUUCCUCCAAGCUCGACAAUUCAAAGGACAGAAGCCUGUGGAACCUUCAUCAGAGUAAGCAAAAUGGGUCGGCCUGGGCUAGGUCGACCACAACCAGAGACAGCCCGGUCCUCAGUAACAUCAACGAUGGCCUGUCCAGCUUGUUCAAUGUUGUGGAGCAUUCUGGGAGUACAGAGUCCAUCUGGAAACCAGGCUGUCCAGAGAGCAAAGCCAAGCCAGAAGCCCCGAAAUACGGCAUCGUGCAAGAGUUCUUCAGGAAUGUGUGCGGGAGGGCUCAGAGCCCCACUUCUGCCCCAGAGAAGAAAGAAUCACCGGGAGAUGAUGGCACCAAAAAGCAGGAUCACUCCCAGCCGCCCACCUGCCAUCCAUCUGAAAAUGUCUCCCGGAGCUUAAACAAGAAACUCCCGAAGCAAAGCAGCAGCGAGGAGCCCAAGGUGUCUUCCCCGAACCAGGGGAGCAAAGAUGGGACCCCAAGGGACCUGGACAUCACAUCUGUGAUAGCCAAUGAGGACACAGCAUGCGACUGCAGCUCCCAGUCCCUCACCUCCUGCUUCGCCCGGCCCUCCCGCUCAGCUGUGCGGCACUCCCCUUCCAAGUGCAAGCUGCAUCCCUCUGACCCCAGCCGGGCGGAGGAGAAGGCAGGGCCUCUGAGUGAGUGAGUGAGGGCAGCGGGGACUGGGCUAAGCCGUGUCUGCUUUCUGCGGUCCUGACGAAAGAGCACGCUUCCCGCCUGUGCCAGCUCCACCGCAGCCUGCGGGACCUGCCAGCCCUGAGAGAGCUGUGCUGGGUCUCAGUGGGCCCCUCACUCUCGCAGAGACACAGGCACAUGCACAUCUGUCUCCUAACUGUUCCCCAGCUGAUGGAGGCGCUUAAGAAGCAGAUGCUGCAGGAUAGUCGGGAACGGAGGCUUCCGGCAUUAUGCCUGGACCUGGUUCCAGGGAUGGAGGGGAAGUUACUCUGGGUGGGUGUCUCCUGACCCCCAAGAAGUAGCCUGCCAACCUCACUGCUCCUGCAAGGGAAGGAUGAUUCCAGGAGCGAGGAGGGUGGGGUGGGGAGCUCUGUGCAAUUUCCAUAGCCCUUCCAGGCUCCUCAGAGACCUGCACUUCAGGGAGAUGGACUGUUCCCAGGCAGCCGGCGGGGGGUGGGGGGAAUGAAGAGAUGGGCCCUGCCUGCCCUGGGAUGUGGGAACUGGGAACUACCACCCUGCAGCAGCCUCUGGAAAGCUGGCAAAGCCAAGGCCCCGAGCCUGGGAUUCCUUGGGGCCGUGCUGCUGACAAGCGCCCUGGAGAGGAAUCAGCAGCAGAAGCGCAGAGAGCAGCUGGGUCAGCGCUCAGAGGAAAUGCCCCAGGCAUACUGUCACUGCACUUCACAGCCAGGGCUGUGGGCCGGGGGUGUGCCCUGUGGGGCAUGCUGUAUAAUGCUGAUUGAUGGGUGUGAGGCUCUUUCACUGUGUCGCCUCCCUUGUCAUUUUGUCUUCGAGUGGCACUGGCACACCCCUUCACUGACACGGCCCCUCUCCCCUGCACCUGGGGGCUUUGUGCACACCCAGCCCAGGCCCAGGGUGGAUUGCCCUGCUGUUGCAUCAGCUGAUGCCGUGCUAGGCUCACCUGCUGUGCUGGAAGGAUGCCAAGGGGAGGAUCCUGGGGGCAGGCACAGGGCACGUUCAGGCCCUUCUCCUCACCCAAACAAUGUUUAAUUCCCCACCCCAGCACCAGAGUGGCCAGUGGCUGAAGCAAGCUGCCCCCCUGGAAUGCUCACCGAGCUAGCGUGCUGGCCGAGUGGCUAUGGGGCUCCCUUUGUCUCUGGCUCGCCUAGCUGGAUCCUGGCUCAGAAGCUGUGCAGCCGCUUGGCCUCUGAAAGCCUGAUCUCAGGAGGCACAGCCAAAGGCAGAUGGGAACAGGAGAAAAUGCAAUGCGGGGGUGGGUAGACUGCAGUAGAGAGGGGACCUAGCAGCCUUGCAGAGCCUAGGCCAGUAGGAAGUACAGCACGCAUUCUCCCUUCUCCAGGGGGCUGUGCAGGAGCAGAGAGAGAGAGAGAGUGUCUGUAUGUGUGAAUGAAUGUUUGUGUGUUCUCCCUUCCCCUCCUCUCCCCUCCCCUCCGGAGCAUUAGGCCGAGAGCACUGAAACCCUGGGGACAAGAUGAGCCAGGCCUGUGUUCCCCCGCAGCUGGUCUGAGCAAGGUUCUAACCAAGGUGGCAGCAUUUCCCUAGGUUGUGUCCCACCUAGUGUCUGGCAGGUCUCGUUGGACACGGAGGGUCAUCUGGGUCUCCUGGUUCUCACUAUUUAAGGUAUUUGUUCAUGGUUUAUGAUGCAAUUCGCAGAGGUCCCCUCAGGGUUAUUUGUUUGUGUGUUUGGCCUGAUAGCCUGGACCUUGCUGUGGUUGUGUCUGACUGUGCCAGUCGUGGGAGAUCGAACGGGGCGGUGUCGGUUGGAGGGGUGUGUGUGUGUGUGUGUGUGUGUCGGUCGGAGGAGGCAGAGGGCAGCAGGGCCACAGCUGGAAUUCAAUCUGAUGUUCCCCAACCAUUACCGGGAGCCUGGCUCUGACUCAGUGGCCAAACAGCUCUAAGACCCCUAAUUCUGCCCAGGAGCUCAUGCUGGCCCCUCAAGGACCCCCGCACUCACUUCUUCCUAGCCCUUCUGCUCCCUUCCUCAGUGUGGGUGCUGCAUUCUGGCUCGUGUCCUCCGUUGGGACGGGGAUUCCUCCGCACAUGCACUGCUGCCUCCAAGGCCAAGCAUUUGUGCCUUAGCACGGGUUAGCCACCACAGUAACAAGAGUGGUGCAAGUACCUGGGCCAGGGUAAUCCCUGGUGUAGAGAGCCAGGGCUGCCUUUGUCCCAGUGUGAUUCUCACCCGAGGCUUAGCACCCAACUUGCUAUGGUUGCCCAGCACUAAAAGUUCCAGGACUUAGUGAGCUGUGACAGGGAACAGACUCCAUAAUAUCACUGAUACCACUGAGCUAUUUGCCCUUCCAUUGGGCCUUGUGCACUAGAGGAAGGGGGGGGGGGCAUUUGGACUUUGUAUUAAAGGUGCAGAAACAGUCUCCAAACUCCUAUUCCAGGCAGCUUUAUGUGGCACCAGGCAGGCCUGGAGAGCUCUCAGACCAAGCCCUGUUAAUGAGCUCUAAUUAAAUAUCCCUGAACCUCUGGUGGUCAUAGCAGCAGGUGCUGGGCCAGGCCAGGGCCAGGCUCACUUAGCAUCAAAGGCAAGGUUGCUGCGGCUUUCACCAGCUUUGCAGCAGGUUCUGGGGAGGAAUCAGCAGAGCAGAAUCUGCCGGGCUGGGCCGUGCAGUUUGUGCUGGCAAUGCAGGCCACAGCUCGCGGGCAAAACCCAGAGCAGACUGCAGCUGCCAUCGGCUUGACUAGGCUGUGCUGCCCAGGGAGCCUGCAGCUCCCAGCAUGCCCCGCUCCAGCUGGAGCUGAGCAGGGACUCUGGGGGUCUUGGGCCCCCCUGUUGUACUAAAGGCUAGGGCAGCUUGGGGUCACAGUGCAUAGACCUGCAUGGCAGCUCUCUGGCCUCCCUCUGCUAAAGCUUCCCAGCUAGUAACAUUUGACUCCCACUUUGCCCAGAGCUGAGUGAAGGGCCCGGGGAUCAGAGCAUGUUCCCUGAGCCCCCUUCAGACACAGCGUUUAUUGCACCCUUCUGUGUCUUCUCCCUGGGGCCGUACUGAGCAGCUGCUCCGCCCAUGGAGGCAGGGUGGCAGGCAGGGCAGCCCUAUGCGCCGUUCCCCUGCUCUCUGCUGCCAGGCGCCUGGAUUAACUGCUGGAGCAGCCAUCAGGGCUGGGGGGGAUUUGCCAUCUCUGGCCAUUAGUAAACUGAGAGGAUUGUGGGUUUUUUCCCAAGAACUCUAGUUCUAACAGGAAUUAAUGCAGGGAAGAGCUCUGGCCUGUGGUAGGCAGGAGGCCAGUCUAGAUGGUCACAACAGUCCCCUCAGGCCUCAGAAUCUUAAACAUCCCAGCACCUCCC